AUGGAUUCCAUUUUAGGAAAAGACCUUACUAAUAAUACUAUUGCACGUUAAUUCAAGUUAAUCAAGAAAAUUGGAUCUGGAGCAUUUGGAGAAAUAUACUUGGUACAAUCUCAAUCUAAAUCUGAAUAUGCCAUGAAACUGGAAAGGAGUGAUAACAAACAUCCAUAAAUAUUCUUUGAAGCCAAACUAUACAAUUAUCUUUAAGGAUAGGAUCAUUUAUUAUGUAAUUCUAAGGAAGGCAUUCCAAAAAUUCAUGAUUAAGGAGUGGACGGUGAUUAUAAUUACAUCGUCAUGGAUCUCUUGGGACCAUCCCUUGAAGAGCUAUUUAACAAAAAUCAUAGGAAACUAUCACUGAAAUCAGUUCUGAUGCUAGCAGAUUAGUUAAUCUAAAGAAUCGAAUACAUUCAUUCAAAAUAAUUUCUCCAUCGGGAUAUCAAACCUGACAAUUUCUUAGUUGGAGUUGGCAGCAAGAGUUCAAGACUUUAUGUUGUCGACUUUGGGUUGGCCAAAAGGUAUAUAACCAAAGAAGGACACAUUCCUUAUAAGGAAGGGAAAAGUUUAACUGGAACUGCCAGAUAUGCAUCCAUUAAUACACAUGUUGGAUUAGAAUAAUCGAGAAGGGAUGACUUAGAAUCUCUUGGCUAUGUCUUAAUGUAUUUAUUAAGAGGACAAUUACCAUGGCAAAACAUGAAAGCAACCAAUCAAAAAGAGAAAUAUUAAAAAAUUAUGGAAAAAAAGCAAGAAACAACUCCUGAAUAGUUGUGUAAGGGGUUUCCUAGUGAAUUGACUCAAUUUCUAUGA